AAAAAAAAGAAGUUAUUUUUGAUGGUACAAUCAAAGGGAUCCCAGGGCCGAUAAAAAGGAAGAGGUAUCAGGAAUCGUCUGUCAGGGAAACUGAAAUCAAGACUUUGUUCAAGUUUGAAGAAACGAAAACAAAAAACUAAGGGAAGAAAGUUCUCCAACAUUAUAUGGGGUGAGAAAGGAGGAGAUUAAGUACUUGAGGAAGAUAAUAUUAUACUAACAGUUAAGAAAGAAAGCAAACUAUUCAAAUUCUAUUUUAUUUAACUGUAAAAUCCAGUAAUUUGUAGUUGUCUUUCUUUUUUCCUUUCUUCUGCUUUUUGGAAGCCUAUUUUUCCUGGAAUAAUCAAGAAGUGUCUCUCUCUCCCUCUCCCAUAAUCUGUGUGCAUGUGUGCAUGUGCACAUGUGUUUUGUUGGGACUAGAGAUGGUGAGGGAUGAAAAGAGGAAUCAUAAUGCACAGCCUUUACAUUCAGACUAUCACCAACCAUUCCCAAAGGGAAGAUAUACUUGCAAAUGAUUUAGUUGGGGAAACAGAAGAAAGCAGGAAGUCGCUAAGACAAUUUUAAAGAGGUACAGAUUUGGGGAUGACUUUCUCUAAAAUUUCAUUAUUUACUAUAAAGCCAAAAAAUUUAGACAGUAUGGAAUUGGCUUUAAGGCCAUCAUUUAGGUCAGAGUGGGAGGAGAAUUGAGAGUCUAGAAACAGUUAAAUUCAUAUAUAAAAGCAUCAUACUUGACCAUGGUGGCAUUAAAAAUUGGUAGGGAAAGUAUGGCUCUUCAAUACAUGGUACAAGGACAAUUGGUUAUCCAUAUGGAAAAAAGUAAAAUUAGAUCCUGGUGACAGAAUAAAUUCCAGGUGGCUUAAAAAUCUGGAAGUGAAAAGCAAAACUUGAAAAAUUCUACAGUUAAAAACUGGAAUAUUUUUAUGACCUUAAGUUAAGGAAGGAUUCCGUAAAGGAAAGGCUAGUAAAUUUGGUCUUAUUGAAAUUGUAUUUUCUGUACAUCAAAAGGGACCAUUAAAAAACAAAACAAAACAAGAAUAAGUCACUUACAGGAGAUAGUGGAAAACCUAUAGCAUUUAGAGCUUUAGCAGUAGAAAAAAAGACAACCUGAUAGAAAAGUGGGCAAUGAGAAUAAACAGGCAUUUUACAGAAGAAGAAACAUAAAUGCCCAAUAAAAUAAUAUACAACUUCACUAGUUAUGAUUGAAAUUCAAAUUAUAAUAAUUUAUCAUUUCAGACCCAUCAGGUUGAGGAAAAUGAAUGACAGCAUCAAUGUUAAUAAGGGUAGAGAGCAGUGAGAGACCUCCUACAACUUUAGUGGCAGUGGAAAUUGGUACAGUCACUUUGGAGAGCAAUUUGGUAGUAUUUGAUUGGAAGAAAAUGAAAAACCAUAAUAUUUUCAACAGACAAAAGUAAAGUAUAAGGUUUAUUCAUAUAACAGAAUGAAUGAACUAGGAUGACAAGUAUCAAUACUGAUAAAUAUGAAAAUAUUAUAUCCUUUUGCUAUGAUGAAUUCUUUUUGGGUAAAGUGGAGAAAGGUUGCUUUGAAGGUGUCGAUUAUGGAACACACAGUUUGGUGAUGUUUUAACUGGUUGGAUAGCCCUAACCACGAAGUAUUGAUUAAUGGAUUGAGUAAGGAAGGUGUUGUUUUCAUUAGCUUUUUUGAUAAUUAACAAGCACCUCAAAACUUAGUGGCUUUAAACAACCACCAUUUUAUUUAGCUCAUGAUUUUGCAUGUCGUCUAGGAUGGCUGAGACUACUUGGAUGGUUGGGGCCUUUCACCAUGUGGUCUUACAUCUUCCAGUAGAUUAGCCCAGGCUGCAUGUGGCAAUGUCUGGGUUCUAAAAACCAGCAAGAGUGGACACAUUGCAAAGCACAAGUACUUUCUUGGACCCCUGCUGAUGUUAGAUUUAGGGUUGGGGAAAUAAACUAAUGGGAGGGGCUGUAAAAUUACAUUGUGAAAGGGUAUUCAUACAGGUAUGGAAAAAUUUUGUGGACAUUUUUACAAUCAAUUACAGGUGUCUUUACACAGGUAUCUUGCUUUGGUCUAUGAAACUUUUGUAUCAGUUACUUGGAUAAUGAUUCUUAACUUGGGGCUAGCUCAAAAUGCAGCUUUUAGUAGAAUGGCUUUACCCCCAAUUUGAGUACCAAGGACCAUUAGGUCUAACCGGUUUCUGCCAGUAGCACUUGGCCCAUACCUGGAAAGUAAAUUAUGUUUUUCUUUAGAGAUGCAUUCCCCAGAAAAGCAGGGAGGGAAGACAAUGAGUGGGACGAAUUCAGCCAUACCGACUUCCCUGUAACCUAAGAACUUUCCUCUGGAAAGGGAUGGGAUGAAAACCUAUGCCCUUGAGGUCAAAUGGACUUUGCUUCUUCUAUGGCCCCAACAUUCUGGGUGGAAUCUUUUUGAAAGUAUGUAGCAGUAACCAGCUAAACAAAAACCAACUUAGCUUCUAACUGUGAUAAGAAGUAUUGGGGUUAGGGGGAGAAUUGAAGACGGAUGGGGGCCCGGUGGGGGGGUGCGCAGCAGACAAGGAAGGGAUAUGCCAAAACCUUAAUGGUUACCAUCCAUUUGGUAGCUGAGCUAUGGGUCCUCGUGUUUUCUUCUUUAUGUUUUAUGAAGUUUUCAAUAGCUAUAAUGAGCACAUAUUAUGUUAAAAAUCAGGAGGAAAAGAAACUUUCUCAGAGCCAGGAUUUAAAUUGGGCCAGACACCGUACAUUAUUCACAUUUAUACCUCAUACCCAUUUUAAUCCUAUAUAGGUGCCACUCUCUAAAUGUUUAUUGAAUGCAUGUUAAAAUUACAGGGAGUUCAGUUUGGCUCACUGCGAGAAAGAAUUUUCUAGGAUGUAAAGUAGUUCAAAAAUGCAGUGCUCUGUCAAGCAGUAAAUGCCAUCCCGGAAAGCACCCAGACAGAGAUUGGAUUAAACAAGCAAUACCUUGGAAAGAGUUAAUAGUCCGAUUGCAGAUUUCAGGAUGUCUUCCAAGCGACCAGCCUCUCCGUAUGGGGAAGCAGAUGGAGAGGUAGCCAUGGUGACAAGCAGACAGAAAGUGGAAGAAGAGGAGAGUGACGGGCUCCCAGCCUUUCACCUUCCCUUGCAUGUGAGUUUUCCCAACAAGCCUCACUCUGAGGAAUUUCAGCCAGUUUCUCUGCUGACGCAAGAGACUUGUGGCCAUAGGACUCCCACUUCUCAGCACAAUACAAUGGAAGUUGAUGGCAAUAAAGUUAUGUCUUCAUUUGCCCCACACAACUCAUCUACCUCACCUCAGAAGGCAGAAGAAGGUGGGAGGCAGAGUGGUGAGUCCUUGUCGAGCACGGCCCUGGGAACUCCCGAACGGCGCAAAGGCAGCUUAGCUGACGUUGUUGACACCUUGAAGCAGAGGAAAAUGGAAGAGCUCAUCAAAAAUGAGCCAGAAGAAACCCCCAGUAUUGAAAAGCUACUCUCAAAGGACUGGAAAGACAAACUUCUUGCAAUGGGAUCAGGGAACUUUGGUGAAAUAAAAGGGACUCCUGAAAGCCUAGCUGAGAAGGAGAGGCAGCUUAUGGGUAUGAUCAAUCAGCUGACCAGUCUGCGAGAGCAGCUACUGGCUGCCCACGAUGAGCAGAAGAAACUGGCUGCAUCUCAGAUCGAGAAACAGCGCCAGCAAAUGGAGCUGGCCAAACAGCAACAAGAACAGAUUGCAAGACAACAGCAGCAGCUUCUGCAGCAACAACACAAAAUCAAUUUGCUUCAGCAACAGAUCCAGCAGGUUCAAGGUCAACUGCCGCCAUUAAUGAUUCCCGUGUUCCCUCCUGAUCAACGGACACUGGCUGCAGCUGCCCAGCAAGGAUUCCUCCUUCCUCCAGGCUUCAGCUAUAAGGCUGGAUGUAGUGACCCUUACCCUGUUCAGCUGAUCCCAACUACCAUGGCAGCUGCUGCCGCAGCAACACCAGGCUUAGGCCCGCUCCAACUGCAGCAGUUAUAUGCUGCCCAGCUAGCUGCAAUGCAGGUAUCUCCAGGAGGAAAGCUCCCAGGCAUACCCCAAGGCAACCUCGGUGCUGCUGUAUCUCCUACCAGCAUUCACACAGACAAGAGCACAAACAGCCCACCACCCAAAAGCAAGGAUGAAGUGGCACAGCCACUGAACCUAUCAGCUAAACCCAAGACCUCUGAUGGCAAAUCACCCACAUCACCCACCUCUCCCCAUAUGCCAGCUCUGAGAAUAAACAGUGGGGCAGGCCCCCUCAAAGCCUCUGUCCCAGCAGCAUUAGCUAGUCCUUCAGCCAGAGUUAGCACAAUAGGUUAUUUAAAUGACCAUGAUGCUGUCACCAAGGCAAUCCAAGAGGCUCGGCAGAUGAAGGAGCAGCUUCGGCGGGAGCAGCAGGUGCUUGACGGGAAGGUGGCUGUUGUGAAUAGUCUAGGUCUCAAUAACUGCCGGACAGAAAAGGAAAAAACAACACUGGAGAGUCUGACUCAGCAACUGGCAGUUAAACAGAAUGAAGAAGGAAAAUUUAGCCAUGCCAUGAUGGAUUUCAAUAUGAGUGGAGAUUCUGAUGGAAGUGCUGGAGUCUCAGAAUCAAGAAUUUAUAGAGAAUCCAGAGGGCGUGGGAGCAAUGAACCCCAUAUAAAACGUCCAAUGAACGCCUUCAUGGUGUGGGCUAAAGAUGAAAGAAGGAAAAUCCUUCAAGCCUUUCCCGACAUGCACAACUCCAACAUCAGCAAGAUAUUGGGAUCUCGCUGGAAAGCUAUGACAAACCUAGAGAAACAGCCAUAUUACGAGGAGCAAGCCCGUCUCAGCAAGCAGCACCUGGAGAAGUACCCCGACUACAAGUACAAGCCCAGGCCGAAGCGCACCUGCCUCGUGGAUGGCAAAAAGCUGCGCAUUGGUGAAUACAAGGCAAUCAUGCGGAACAGGCGGCAGGAAAUGCGACAGUAUUUCAAUGUUGGGCAACAAGCACAGAUCCCCAUCGCCACUGCUGGUGUUGUGUACCCUGGAGCCAUCGCCAUGGCCGGAAUGCCCUCCCCUCACCUGCCCUCGGAGCACUCAAGCGUGUCCAGCAGCCCAGAGCCUGGGAUGCCUGUUAUCCAGAGCACUUAUGGCGUGAAAGGAGAGGAGCCACAUAUCAAAGAAGAGAUACAGGCUGAGGACAUCAACGGAGAAAUUUAUGAUGAGUUCGAUGAGGAAGAGGAUGAUCCGGAUGUAGAUUAUGGGAGUGACAGUGAAAACCAUAUUGCAGGACAAGCCAACUGAUAAGGGUCAAAAGAUUGUUGUGACCUUAGGACUUAAAGAAGCCCUAGCUGGUUCAUCCUUACCAGUGGCCAAGCACAUUAACUUUCUCAUACACUGACUGUUACUUUAACUGUUAGUCUUAAAUAGUUGGGACAUCAGCUGACUAAUAGACCUCAGCCUCAAAAGGCUUGGAAAGGAAAAAAAAAAAAUACAAGCAAACAACAAUAUCAACAACAAGAGAUUGAAAUAAGCUAUGGGUAAAAUAAUGCCAGUAAUUCAGCUGCUACAUCUAAGCACUGAAGUCUUACCCGUCAACUUUUUUUUUUUAAUAAACUUUAUGGCUGUUUGUUCUACAAUGUUCUAGAAAUUCUCACUCAGGUACACAGUGCCAACAAGUGGCUUGUGAAUGUGUUUUGUUGUUUUGUGCUACAAUUUUUAAAAAGAAAUAAGUUUUGUUUUGUUUUUUGGGGUUUCUGGGUUUUUUCCUUUCCUUUUUCUUUCCUUUUUUUUUUUCUUUCUUUCUUUUUUUAUUUUUGUAAUGCACCUGACAGAAAAAAAGAAAGAUGAAUUUCUCUUUACUUCUCUCCACCUUCUCCAUCUCUAUACUUUAAAGAUGGAAGUCUGUGCAUGGGGGGGAAGAGGGAAAAAGAGCCUGUUUUUAACUUCCUUGCUAUCCACCACAAAAUAAGCAAUUAUUUUCUUUAGAGGACUUUCUUUAUCUAUUGCACACCACACUACAUUUUUGAGCAAGUGCCAAAUUUGUACUGAAGUGUUGACCCAGUUCCUUUUUUUUUCCUUUCCUUUUUCCUGUUCCUUCUUAAGUUAGGACAGUGUUAUAUCUUAGACAAUCCCUUGAAAAACCUGAAAUACCAGCAGCUGGUGAGAUUUGACUUUUUUUUUUUAAAUGGAAACUGUAGGUGCUGUUCUCAGGUGAAAAGAGAGAGAGAGAGAGAGA